AUGGCGGACGCGCUGAAGGAGCGCACCGCGCGGCUGCUAACCGACUACCUAGAGUACUGCGCCCGGGAGCCCGGCACCCCCGCGCGGGCGCCGUCUACGCCCGAGGCCGCGGUGCUGCGCUCGGUGGCCGCCCAGAUACUGCAGCGUCACGAGCGCUUCUUGUCUCAUUACCGCGGCUACCGCGGCAACCGCGUCGAGCUGGUGGCUCAGGUGGAGCGGGAGAUACUCGCCCACCCCCAGCCCCUAAGCUGGGGCCGCGUGGUGGCGCUCUUGACCUUCGCGGGAACACUGCUGGAGGGAUCGCCGUCGGGGAUCGACCAGGAACAGGAGUUGGGGGACUGGGAGGCCACCGUUCGCCAGGACUGCGAGCGCCUGGUGGACUUCCUCUGCAAUCGGCUCACAGGACAGCAUCGCGCCUGGCUGGAGGCGCACGACGGCUGGGAUGGCUUUUGUCUCUUCUUCACACCCAUGCUGCCGUCUUGGAAAAGAAUGCUGGUCCAGGCUCUUCUGUCAUGCUUUACAGCAGUGAUCUUAAUCUACUUCUGGAAAAGGUUAUCGAGACUUUAUAGAAGAGUGAAAACUUCAAGGAAAUGUGUAGAUUCGGGGUUUAUAUACUUUAACAACAAGGGAUACAUCGUGGAGUAG